GGAGGGGAGCCCGGGGCAGGCGAAGGCGGGGGUGUCCCGGCUAUAAAGCGUGGCCGCCUCCCUUGGCGCCCGGGACAGCGGGACCCCGGGCGGUCGGACGGGCGAGCGCCGGUCGCAACUCGGGCCGUGCCCGCCAAGAGAUUCGGGCCCUCCGUGUUCCCCCGGGACCGGGGCCGGAGCUGGAGCCGGUGCGGGUGGGGGCGCAGGCCCGGGGGAUGCUGGGCUCGGUGAAGAUGGAGGCCCAUGACCUGGCCGAGUGGAGCUACUACCCGGAGACGGGCGAGUCUCAGGACCUCUUUCACUCAAAAACUACUGAAGAUCCCAAACAGUUUCUUUUAAUGUGGGUUAUGUCUAUCGGUCUACUCUCCCGUAACCCCAGUGCCCACCAUGGCGCCUCUCAACUCCUACAUGACCUUAAACCCUCUAAGCUCUCCCUACCCCACCGGGGGGGUCCCUGCCUCCCCACUGCCCUCAGGACCUCUGGCACCACCUGCCCCCUCAGCAGCCCUGGGGCCCACCUUCCCAGGCCUGGGUGCCAGCAGUGGCGGAGGUAGCAGCUCUGGGUAUGGGGGCCCAGGGUCUGGGCUGGUACACGGGAAGGAGAUGCCCAAGGGCUACCGGCGACCUCUGGCCCACGCCAAGCCGCCCUAUUCCUACAUCUCCCUCAUCACCAUGGCCAUCCAGCAGGCACCCGGCAAGAUGCUCACCUUGAGUGAGAUCUACCAGUGGAUCAUGGACCUCUUCCCUUACUACCGGGAGAACCAGCAGCGCUGGCAGAACUCCAUCCGCCACUCGCUGUCCUUCAACGACUGUUUUGUCAAGGUGGCUCGAUCCCCGGACAAGCCGGGCAAGGGCUCCUACUGGGCCCUGCACCCCAGCUCCGGCAACAUGUUCGAGAAUGGCUGCUACCUGCGCCGUCAGAAGCGCUUCAAGCUGGAGGAGAAGGUGAAGAAAGGGACCAGUGGGACCUCAGCUACCAGGGCCAGCCCAGGGUCCACUGCCUCCACCACCACCGCUGCUGCCACUGUUACCUCCCCACCGCAGCCGCAGCCCCCGCCCCCAGAGCCUGAGGCCCAGGGUGCGGGGGAGGAUGUGGGGGCUCUGGACUGCGGCUCCCCCACUUCCUCCACGCCCUAUUUCACCGGCCUGGAGCUCCCAGGAGAGCUGAAGCUGGACGCACCCUACAACUUCAACCACCCUUUUUCCAUCAACAACCUUAUGUCAGAACAGACACCGGCACCACCCAAACUGGACGUGGGGUUUGGGGGGUAUGGGGCUGAGAAUGGGGAGUCCGGUGUCUACUACCAGGGCCUCUAUUCCCGCUCUCUGCUUAAUGCAUCCUAGCAGGGGAGGGUAGGAACGUGGUGGGAGGGGACGGCUGUGACUCAUGCCAUCAGGCCUUUGGGGCCUGGUUCUUCUGGUGCCACUCUGCUUGUCCCUGGGGUAAUGUCUUGUUUGGUCUAUUACUUACUGUGAUGAUCCACUGGUACUCUGACAACCAAGUCGGACAAUGUUAGUGCCUCCAAGGCUGAUGUUAUUGAUUGAACCCUUGGGCACUUUGAUGGCCACCAUCUGGGAUGACAUCUUGGUUGGCCCUUUGGGUGUGAUGGUGAUAUCGUCUCAGUGACAUCUUCCAUGACCCACUGGGUGCUGGCACCACUUACAUUUUGGUGGACUUGGCUCUGUAGGUGCCGAGUUGGCCAUCAUCCUGCAUGGCAUCUCUUUUGGCCUAUUGGGUCCUUGGAGGGCCACUGUAUCAGCCAUAUGACAUCAAUGUGUCAUUGACCACCAUUGACAGCCACCAUGGCCCAGUGUUGGCUGUUAUCACUGUAUCUUUGGUGUUGACUGGGAGAGGGAUGGAGGUGAGACGAUUCCUCCAUUUUCUCCAAUGCCCAGCUCCCCAGAGGUGUCCAAGAGAAGCCAGAAGGGCUGGUCAGGGUGUGGGGAGUUUCUACUGAAGUCCAUUUCUUGCCUGGGAAGUGGGAUACUGGCUAUGUUUGACCAUUAAAGGCACCACUUCGGCCUCUGA